UUGGCUUCCUUCGAAACCCCAGGCUACUAUAUUCCCGACCGAAUCCCUCAUAAUGUUUAAUCUUUCCUCCUGAAAUGUCAAACCGCCCCAAUGAAGGGCUUGCGUUCGCCUUUCCCGCUGGUACUCGCGGUAUUAGGAUGUUUGGGAAGAAUCAGCUUGGUCGACGGACAUGGCCUCACCAGACGUACCGUCGAUAACCCCGGUCCCGAUGGUUUCAUCCGACAUAGAUAUCCUUCAGUCGUGCCGUUUGGUGAUUACGUCUACAUAGAUGGCGGUCAAAUGUUUCAGCCGAACAACGGAAAUGGGUCGAAUAGCACUCAGUCGGAUCCAUACACUUCCUACCCCGUAAGCUCGACGCUUUCCCUCAACUUAAACGAAUCAUGGACGAACGAAACGGUCGAAUUUCGGACGAUCCCGAAGGCGGCGCCGCUUCUCGGGCAGCAAGUCUACUGGACCGACCACUCGUAUAACCCGGGUGCCUUCUAUGUUUGGGGUGGAAAGACGAUGGACAACGGAUCGCCGCCGGAGGACCAGCUAUGGUAUUUUAGUGCUGACGGCUCGGGUGGCGGGUCAUGGUCACAGCUUCCCCAGGGCGAUUACCGCCAGUUCUCACAACUUCUACGUCCGGCCGGCGCAUCAUUUACGCAGAGCGCCAAUAUGGGCUAUUCGUUUGGUGGUCUAGCUAGUCGGGAGUCCGACCACUCGAUUCAGAAGGCCGAUCCUGGUUACGCUGUGAAGGGAGUUGUAUCAUACGAUUUUCAGACCAACCAAUGGGCUAAUCAUAGCUCGGAAUCAUUCGGGGAUUACGGUACUAGCUUAUACGGUUGUGCCGAAUAUGUACCAUUCGGACCUAACGGAUUAUUGGUCUUCCUCGGUGGCAUCGAGACGACCGUUGACGUAAACAGCGUGUAUACCAACGGAGUCAGUUGGACUGAACUCACGCUAUACGAUCCGGUAACAGGAAAGUGGUAUACACAGAAGACAACAGGAGACCCACCGCCACGGGUCGAACGAGCUUGUAGUGUCGGUGUUCGGGGGCCUAACAACACGUAUGAAAUAUUCAUUUAUGGUGGCUCACUGGUCACCUAUGGAAAUACGUUUUCUGGCGUCUACGUACUAUCUCUGCCUGGAUUCCAUUUCUUCAAAUCGAAUUCUCCCGGUACGCCGCGUGCCGACCAUGGUUGCGCGGUCAUCGGCAAGGGCAGGAGACAGAUGCUUAGUUAUGGAGGCAUCGAUGCUGGCCCUGAGCUUGAUUUUGACAACAUGACGAGCGAUCCGUGGAGACAAGGUCUUGGUGUUUACGAUAUGACUGAGAUGACAUGGACGAACUCGUACGAUGUAGAUGCUGCAGACUAUGAGAGCCCCGCCGUGGUGAGGGAUUGGUAUGCCCAAGGGAAUAUGAAGACUAUGACCUGGGAUAACGACGAGCUUAAAGGGCUAUUCGUUAACGGUAGUUCAAGCACAUACGGUAUGAUGAACAACUCCGCUAUAACAGAAGAUUUGCCAAAAGACUCUCUGAGCUCGGCCCAAAGGACUGGUGUUAUUAUCGGUAGCACUGUAGGAGGAGUAGUGGUGCUUACGGCCAUCGGCGCUGCCAUAUUUUUAAUGCGGCGAAGAAGACGUCGUCGACAAAGCAGCCGGGCCAGCAGCACGAUAAACGAGUACAGACCGGAGCCGUGGCCGAAAGAUUCGCCGCGGUUGCGGUCGACUACGCCGGGGACGAUGACGACGUUUGUAUCUUCGCAAACCCCGGUAGAACCAGUAGAGAUAAAUGGUAUAACGAGAGGGGAACUACCCGCGGAGGAUGUAAAAUGGACAUACGAGCUUCCGGUUCCCACACCACACGCCACACCACGGCUGAGGCCAGAGCUUCCAGAUAGGAAGUUUUCACAUUAAUAUUAUUUUGUAAAGAGUAUAAAUAAAAUAUAAUGACUUGUGCUUAAUAUGGUCAGCUUAGACGGCCAACUUAUUGAAUUGUGAGGCGAAGCGUACCGAGACGAAUCGGUCGUACUUCUAAGUUUUCUCCCUAUAACCUAAACUCGGCCGGAAUUCUCAUUUAUUUUCCACGCGAAUUGAAUUCGUCGUCUUGUGGCUUCUUCGCAGCA